AUGUAUUUCAUUUAUUUGCCUUAUUUAUUUUUCAUCUCUUCUGCAAAAGCAGGUAAUGAUAAGGAUAUUAAUGUAUGUAACAGAGCAGUGCCAGCACCACCAGUCGCACCUGGAGCAGUUCCAGCAGUUCCACCACCUCCAGCAUUUGUGCAGCGCCCAACCGUUGAUCCAAACCUAUGCGCCGAUCUUGACCCAGCAUGUUCAGCCAUAUUUGCAGUGGAAGACCAAGAUACACUUCAGAAUCAACGUGAUCCGUAA